AUGACACCCUUUGAGGCCAAGAUACAAUGUUGUAAUAGUGGUGGAAUGGUACUCUUUAUGGUCAAGACGCAGCAUGAUGGUAGUAGCGAAAUGACAUCCUUUAAGGCUAAGUUUGACUUGGAUCACAUAACAGCCGACCACCAUGUUGUCAACAGAACAGAUCGUGAAACAGCCGUUCAUUCUGACCGCCAUGUUGUCAAGAGAACAGAUCGUGAAACAGCCGUUCAUUCUGACCGCCAUGUUGUCAACAGAACAGUUCGUGAAACAACAGCUCAUUCUGACCGCCAUAUUGUCAACAGAACAGAUCGUGAAACAGCCGUUCAUUCUGACCGCCAUGUUGUCAACAGAACAGUUCGUGAAACAACAGCUCAUUCUGACCACCAUGUUGUCAACAGAACAGAUCGUGAAACAGCCGUUCAUUCUGACCGCCAUGUUGUCAACAGAACAGAUCGUGAAACAGCCGUUCAUUCUGACCACCAUGUUGUCAACAGAACAGAUCGUGAAACAGCCGCUUAUUCUAAUCAACAGAGCGUUUCUUGA